UGCGUGCCGCCUCACCUCAGCGUGGGAAGGAGGGAAAGAAAGACUCAGCCAAGUGUCCCAAGGAGGAGCCGGCAGGGGGAGAAAGGGACGGUCUCUUCCAGGGAAUGGCUGACUGAAAGGUCUUCCCUUACCUUGCUGGAGCCUCUAUCCCUUUGAAAGUGGAGGGGGUGCAACAAAAAUGUUUCAGCUGCUCUGCUCAUCAGCCCCACCCAUAAUGACAUCUGCUCCACAACAAUAAGAACGAGGAUUAUGUUAUCGCUGGAGUAAAGUAACCCCGGGGGCCUUUUUUUUUUUUUUUUUCUAAGUGUUCUGGUUGUCAGGGGUGGACUUUGGAUAAUGUAAUGAAAUGCUCUGGUUGAGCUGGGCCCACACUGAGAACACUGCAGACUGCAGAUUCCUGACCGAGCUUAUCCCAGUCAUUAAGCUAUUCACGCACUCCAAGUUUUAAUAGGACAUAUUCCGACAAAAUUAAGUUUAAAACCUUAUGUUUGUUUGGGUCUGGGUGUUGAUUAUCCCAUCUGUUUUUUUCCAGGAGCUCUCAAACAAAAGAGUAAUGAAGUAAUGUUUCUUUUACCUGUAAAACAGUAAUGAUGUGUGCGUUUACUUUUUAUGUAAGACCUAAUAAUACUGCAAUGUAAUAGCCUGUCAGCUUUUAUUUUUUUUAAUUUCUUAAGAAUUUGACAAUUAAGAUUUUUGAAGGUAUUGUUUGGCUUUGUAUGUGAAGUGGGUUGUGGUUUGGUUUCUUUGUUUUUGGUUUGAGACAGGGUCUCACUAUGUAGCCCCGGAUGGCCUGGAACUCAAUAUGUAGACCAAGCUGGCCCUGAACUUAGAGAAAUACACCUACCUGCCUCUGCCUCCUGAAUUAGGCAUUACAACCACCUUGAGAGGUGAAAGUUUUGUUGGGUGGUUUGGUUUGUUUGGUGUUUUGUUUGGUUUGUUUUGGGUCAAUUUUUUUUCCUUUUCUCUUUGGCUCUGUGAGGAGUAGAACCCAGGGCCUUCUGCUUGCUAGACAAUUUUACUACUGAGCCAGAUUCUCCCACCCCUAUUAGCUUUAAGAUCUUCAGUCCUAAUAAUUCUUCACUCUUUGUAUGACUGACCUAAGACAUAGUAAGUAGUCUUUUGGAAUUCUGUUUUCCCAUCUAUUGCAAGUAAGUUCCAAUGUUAAUUUGACUUUUACUUUACAGUAUUUACUGUAUCUUUAAAACUGUUCUUUUGAACACUUUCUCCUUGAAGGUCUGGUGUCACAAGGAGGCUUCUCUCCCUCCCCGACUCCUACCCCCAGUGUUUUAAGCAUCAGUGAAUUGAGAAUAUCUGUCUACAUGCCAUCCUCUAAGUAAUCUGCUAUAUGAAAACUUCCCACAAUAUUCUUAACUUGUGUUUUCACUUUUUAAGACAAAGCAUCUUUUAGCCUAGGCUGUCUUGAACAGGAUCCUGAUCAUCCUGCCUCUGCCUCCCAAGGGCUGGGAUUAUUAUAGGCAUGAACCACAAUGCCUGGCAUUCUUUUAAAAAAAAGAAGAAAAGAAAAAAAAAUCCCUUUUCUUUUUUUUUAAUAAUUUAUUUAUUUGUAUUUUAGGUACAUUGGUGUUCUGCCUGCAUGUAUGUCUGUGUGAGGGUAUUAGAUCCCCAGAUUCCCCAGAAACAGGAAUUAUUGACAGUCGUGAGCUGCCAUGUGGGUGCUGAAACUUGAAUCCAGGUCCUGUGGAAGAGCAGCUAGCACUCCCAACCAUUGAGCCAUUACUUUAUACCCCCCCCCUUUUUUUUUUUGUUUUUUUUCGAGACAGGUUUUCUCUGUGUAACUUUGCCCCUUUCCUGGAACUCACUUUGUAGACCAGGCUAGCCUCCGAACUCACAGAGAUCCGCCUGCCUCUGCCUCCCAAGUGCUGGGAUUAAAGGCGGCGCCACCACCUCCCGGCCCCUUUUUUCAUCAACAACUGUUCUUUAAACUAGCAAUGGUGGGAAAGACCUUUAAUUGCAGCACUGGAGAGGCAGAGGCAGGAGAAUCUCCAAGUUCAAGGCCAGUCUGGUCUACAUAGGGAGUUACAGGCCAGCUAGGGAUACAUAGUGAGGCCUUGUCUCAAAAAUUAAUAGGGAAAAUGUUUUAAAAGGACUGUUAUUUGGGGCCAUAUUCUUUUUAUCACUCACUCACAUGUAAAAUCCUUCUCAAGACUUAGUCCAUUUUCUUUAUCAAAUACACUACAGUUCUACAAAUAAGAGUUUAUUUCAAAUCUGAUUAAGUUGACCUCUUUUCAAAAUUAAAUUUGUUGUAAAAAAUAAGUCAAAGGGGUCUGGAGAGAUGGCUCAGCAGUUAAAAUCACUGACUGCUCUUCCACAGGACCUGGGUUCAAUUCCCAGGACCCAUAUGGCAGAUCACAACUGUCUGUAACUCCAGUUCCAGGGGACCAGACCCCUAUGGCAACACCAAUGCACAUAAAAUAAAAAUAAAUAUUUUUUUAAUAAAAAUAAAUUUUUUAAGUCUUUAAUAAACAAAAGUCAAAAAUAAUUAUAGUCUUGAAAUAUAUUAUGUCUAAGGACAGGAUAAUUUUUCUAAGUCUACAUACAGGAAACGGAGUACUUAGUAAGAGGUAGCCUGGCAUAAGUAUUUAAAAACUGUUCUAUAGACCACUCUUCUGGAGAAAGCCAUGUCUCUCUUCUCUGUUGAUGCCCAGUUUAACCCUUAUUCAUUUUUUUUUUUAAAUUUGGAGAGGUGGUGGUGGUAGACACUUUUAAUUCCAGCACUAAGGAGGCAGAGGCAAACAGAUCUUUGAGUUCAAGGCCAACCUGGUCUAUAGAAUGAGUUUCAAGACAGCCAGGGCCAUACAAAGAAACCCUGUCUAGGGAAAAAAAAAAAAAAACAACUUUUUUCCUUGCCAAGUAUAGUGGCAUACUUUGUGUAAUUCCAGUACACAGAAGCAGGACUAUUAAAAGUUCAAGGCCAGCCUGGUCUACAUAGCAAGUUCCAGGACAGCCAGGGCUACACAGAGAGACCUUGUCUAAAAAAAAAAAAAAAAAAAAAAAAAAAAAAAAAAAAAAAUUAAAGCAAAUUAAAAACUUCAUGUGCUAGCAAGAUGCCUCUGGAGUUAAGGGCACUUGCCACCAAACCUGAUGAUGAGUCUGAUCCCUAAAAUCCACAUGAUGGAGAGAAUGUUGCCCUCUGACCUUCACAUGUAUGUUUCUGUGUGUGUGUGUGUGUGUGUGUGUGUGUGUGUGUGUGUGUGUCUCCGUGCUCCCUCUACCUCACAAACAAACACAAAUACACACACACACACACACACACACACACACACACACACACACACACACACCAAAGAGAGACUAUAAUGGUCCAAUUAUCCUUAAAUUCACAGAUGUCCCCCUGCCUUUCCCUCUGAUAGCUGGAAUUAAAGGCUUGUACCACCACCACUACACCUAACCAUAGCCAUAUUCUAUCCUCAAUGUCUCUAGUCCAAGCUAGCUUCAGACUUGCCUUGCCUUAGAGCUGGAAUUGCAGGCAUUCACUAACCAUACCUAGCAUAUUCUUCUAUUCCUACAGAGGCAUUCUCAAUGAAUAACUUAAUGCUAUAAAGCAAAUCUCUGUGAUCCUAGCCCUCAGGAGGCUGAGUUGGGAAGAUUUCAACUAUAAGGCCUUUGAGGGCUACAUAGUAAGUUAUGAGGCCAACUUGUCUUACAUAGCAAGACCAUCUCUAAACAGAAACAGGGCCAGCAAGAUGGUGCAAGGCACUUGCUGUUAAGCCUGAUGAACUGAAUUCAACCCCCAGGACCCACAUGAUGGAAAGAGAGAGCCAACUCCCCAAAGUUAUUUUCUGACUUUUACAUAUGCACUGUAGUACACACACAUAAAUACACACAAAUAAAUGCAAUUUUAAGUUUUAUAAUAAAUAUAAACUUUCUCAGCAUAACUUGAGGCUAGUGUAGUUCUAGUCUCAAAUCUUGCCUUUAUUAUGAUAAUCUUAAGGCUUCGAAAAAGGAACAUAUUUUUCUUUUGAGGAAGUGGGGUAGGGAGGUAGAAAGGGUCUCUCUAUAUAGUCCAUGCUGGUCUAGACCAACUAACCUUGAAUUCACAGAAAUCCACCUUCCUCUUCCUCUGAGUGCUAGGAUUAAAGACAUGCACCACCAUCACCACUACCACCACUAUAUGUGGCCAAUGUACUAUUUCUAAAUCAAAGAUUCAUACAUUAUUCUCACUCUAAUUUUAAUAGUGUGUAUACUGAAUCUUUUUCGAGACAGGGUUUCUCUGUAUAGCUUUGCUCCUUUCCUGGAUCUUGCUCUGUAGACCAGGCUGGCCUCCAACUCACAGAGAUCCACCUGGCUCUGCCUCCCGAGUGCUGGGAUUAAAGACGUGUGCCACCACUGCCCGGCUUGUAUACUGAAUCUUAAUGUUAUGAGAACUAGUAGAUUGAUGGUAUAUCAGACUAGAGAAACAUUUAAAUAUUACUUAAGCUGGAGGUAUUUUUAUAUGUGAAUCUAAGAAAAUCUCAGUUUUUCUGAAUACAAAUAUUUUCCUUAAUCAACAGCUUAGUAUAUAUAUAAUAUAUUAUAUAUAACUAUAGCGACAAAAAAUAUGAGAUUCCUGCCUCCAAAGAAUGAGAUUCCUGCCUCCAAAGAAUGUCCCGUUCAUCCAACACCUUUCUUUUAUAUACCAGAUACUAUUCUAGAAGCCAGGGAAUUACCAGUGACAGCCACUUUCUCUCAUGAAUAUUCAAUCUACUAGGAAUAUUAAAGUUAGUAUUAUAAACCUAGAAUUUUUUUCUAAAAGAAAAACAAAACAUGGGUCUCACUACUUAGCCCAGGCUGGCCUUGAACUCAAGAUCCCCCUGCUCCAGACUUCUAAGUGAUGGGAUUACCAGCAUGAGCCCUUCCUUCUAAUAAGUAUAGUGUCCAGUACAUAUAAUCAUUCAUAACCUAUUGCUCAGUUAACAGUAUAGAUACUUUAAAAUCUGUGAACCCAAAGAAAGCCCAGAAAAUUGCUUUAUAUUAUAUGGUUGAGGCUACUAAUGUUACAAAUAUUUUAUCUUCUGAGACUGGAAGCCUACUGGUAGUGUUUGCCUAUUUUACAUAGGGGCUUGGGUUUGAGCCUCACCAAUACUCCCAUGCAUACAAAAAUUCUGUCUUAGCCGGGUGGUGGUGGCACACGCCUUUAACCCCAGCACUCUGGGAGGCAGAGCCAGGCGGAUCUCUGUGAGUUCAAGGCCAGCCUGGUCUAUAGCGUGAGAUCCAGGACAGGCACCAAAACUACACAGAGAAACCCUGUCUCGAAAAACAAAAAAAAAAAAAAUAGAAAAAAACUAGAGUUGUUCUUUCUGCUUUGUUGAAUAUAAGCGGAAAAUAAGGCAGGAGCUGGGGAUGUGGCUUAAUUGUGGUGUGCUUCACUAACUGAGAAAAAAGACACAAGGAAGUACUGCACUGACUGGCUUGAUUUGGCCCCAAAUAAAGGGAUUUCUCUGGUAAACUGAAGUCAUUCAGUAAGCAAUAGAUUGCAUAUUUUGGGAGGUAGAUGAACACAGUUGAAUUGAUAUUGGGUAUUUUUCUAAGAGGACCUAGGAAUCUGAGAAUCAUGCUUUUCUGAACCCUAUCCUCACACACCCAGUUCCUGGAAGCCACAUAUACAGUUGGAGGAGAGCACAGAGGUACAUCUGCUCUUUGCUUCUGCCUACUUUUUACCCACUGACUAUCAGCCACAGCCCAGAUGUUUUCCACCUGGAAACUGCUGUCCAGAAGUCAGGCUCACCUGUGUUCUCUUGUCCUCCACCCCUUGGUGCAGCUUGCCCAGCCUCCCGUCUCCUGCUUUUUGUCUGCCCUGCUCAGCCCUUUUCACCUUCUCCCCUGUAACUGAGAACACUGAGCCCAGCUCUGUUCCAUCGCUCCUGGGGUGUUUUCAUUUUAGCCACUGAAGUCAUUCACAUCUUCCUGCUCUUCCUGACACCACAGCUGCAAUAAACGCACCCUUCCCUACCCCACAGGUUGGGUCAGGUGUUUAUAAUAAUAAACUGCAUUAUUCUUCUAUUCCUCAUGUCUGACACACUUUAGAAAAAUGGUUCCCAACCCUGUGACACUCCAGGAUGUACCUAAUUAGAGUUGUGAAAUGGCUUUUAAUCAGAAAUUUUAAAUUCCUUUUAAGUGGCAUAGGGCACUUUGGGGAGGAAGAGGGAUGGCAUGGUCCAACUAAAAGGGUUAAACUCCUGAAAGUUAGUGUUCAGUGCUUAGCAGUGUAAUAUCACAGUCACCAAGAGACUCCUCAAGCCUCACUUCAGAAUUCCAUAACACCUGCACAGACCUCCCUCCACCCCACAUCUUCUGCAGGUGAGUGUUCACUCUGCACCUGUGAACACCUACUCAAUCUGGUCUCACCCCACAUUGCCACAGAUCGGCUGCAUAAUUAUGUGGGGCAGUAGAGCACUUAAUUGGGAGUCAUUGAGUCAUGGAUCCUUUGAAUCCUCCUGCUACCAUGCAGCUCUUGACCUGGAGCAAGGCUCUUAAUUUAUAAGGUUGCUAGAUGUAAAAGAUCACUAAGGUGGAGUGCAUUGCUAAAAUGUUCUUUCCUAUGACAGUUGCGUUCGAUCCUGGAGAAAGCACUAGAUUUUUUUUUUCCCUUAGAAUAAUUGAAUUGGCAAAGACUCUGCAUUGGUAGCUGUAUGACCUCCUUCACCUACCUAAUGUUCCAUUUUAUUCAUCUAUGAAAUGAACAGUUCUACCACUGCUGCUGUACAGAACAAGAGCCAAAUAACUUAAGAAAGGCACUCAGGGCCAGUGUUUCUCAAUGGCAGGUUUUGUGAUCAAGAUUGGGGAAUCCUGCAUGAAACCAAUUGAUAUUUGCUUCUUUCUGGGACUUCUCAAGACUUUAAAACCCUACUGUGAAAAGAAGAAUGAUUUUCGCAUAUGAAAGAGGAUAAUGCAGAUGAGUCGUGGAUAUGAUGCAAGUUGUUACAUGCGUGCAUGAAGAGGUCACAAUGAAACCUAUUGCUUUGCAUAAUGACUACAUGCUAAUAAAAACAGAACAAAACCCUGUUGUGUGUCAUGAAUCUCCAGGAGGAGACUGCAACUGAAGCUUUUUUUUUCCCCAGUUAUGUGACCCUGGAAUCUCCUUCCCUGAGGCUCUUCAGGAGUAGAGACUCUGAAAUGCUGUUUGGAGUAUAGCAGGAAAUACCAGAGGAGCCAACAUCACCUUUUCCAUGAAAACAACUGGAGUUCAGUCGCCUAUCAUCUUUAGAUGGUGGAAGAUUUCUCUGAGAAGUGAGUUUCGGUCAGCAAAACCUGGAGAGACAAAGGAAACCCAUGAAGAUUUCUUAGAGAACUCUCAUCUUCAAGUACAAGUCGCCUUAAUAUUUGGUGCAAGAAUAUUAGACUAUGUCUUCAACCUGUGUGAAGGUAAAUUUGACUACCUGGAGCGGCUCUCAGACAAACUGCUGAUAAAGAUCAUCUGCUACCUGGACCUUGAAGAUAUUGCCAGGCUUGCUCAGACAUCAAGCAGGUUCGCAAAGCUGUGCAAGUCUGACUCACUGUGGGAGCAGAUAGUUCAGUUGGCCUGUGACACCAUCACCCCCGACAUGCGGGCCCUGGCGAAGGACGUGGGCUGGAGACAGGUGUUCUUCACCAACAAGAUCCAGCUCCAGAGGCAGAUUCGCAGGAAGAAAAGACAGGGAAAGCAGGAGAAGAAGCAUGCUUAGGGGCCAGCUGUCCCCAUCAGUGGGGCCACAGAUGGUGCUUCUCUUCAGAUCUAAAUUUCAUUCUCUUUUAUCAACAGUUGUUGCUGAUUCCAGGAAUCACUUGAAAAUCACAUUUUGUACACACACACACACACACACACACACACACACACACACACACACGUACACGCAAAUCCACCCAGUGCCUUGCUUGAGCAACCACCUCCGUCCUUCUCAGGCCAACCCAUGGCCCAAGUACCUAGGGCUACAAGACAGGAAGCCUCUCAGGCCACCACCUUCCAGAUCCCCUAUUGCCUUUGGGGAAAGAGGCACUUGUUGUGUAUGAACUAACAAUAAAGAGUUAUUAGCAG